UAAAAUCUUCCAAAGCUGUUUUGAAUGUGAGGAUAGCUAGCUGCUGCACAACACGAGAUCUGCUGCCAGUUCCAUUUUUUGUUCAUCGCAUCUGUGGAAAAUGACGAAGGACGAUAGUUACAAAGAAGAGUUUAGCUACGACAGGAUGUCUACAUUGGAACGGGGAAGACAGGAGAAUGGAAGUUACACGACAGACUUCAAAGCCAGUGAUCUUCAGCUGGAUGAGAAAUUUCAUCCCUGCCUUCAGCACAAAGGAUGGAUCUUUAGUCUGAUGAUUGGGACCUCCCUCCUCGUAGCUGUUGGUUUUUCACUGUAUCUUGGAACUGUCUUUCCCGAUGAGAUGGACUACCUGCGUUGUGCAGCAGGUUCAAGUAUUCCUGUGGCAAUUGUCAGCUUUGCUAUCGUUAAAAGCAGAGCUAAUGCUAUUUUACACUAUCAGCUUCUCUUUAUUGCAACAUUUGCUGUCACAACAACCUGUAUGAUUUGGUAUGGGUGUAAACUGGUUCUUAAUCCGGCAGCAAUAAAUAUAAGCUUUAACUUGAUUUUACUUGUACUGCUCGAAAUCCUCAUGGCAAGCAAGGUGAUACUGUCAGCACGAUCCAAUACUGAAUGCUGCAAGAGACAAAAGAUUCCGCCGUUCAAUGAAACCAACUUCUUGUGCCAGAUUAAAUUCCCUUCUCGUGUUCUGAAAUCCUAUUCAGUAGUUGAAGUGAUUGUUGGAAUCUCUGCAGUAUUUGGUGGAAUUAUAGCCUUAAACAUGGGUGCCUUGGUUCCUGGACCUUACCUAUCUGUGACAUUCUUUUGGAUUUUGGCUGCUUGUUUUCCCGGUGCUAUCGCUAGCCAUGUGGCAGCAGAAUAUCCCAGCAAGUUUUUGAUUGAAGUCCUAAUUGCCAUAAGCAGUGUGACAUCUCCAAUGCUGUUUGCAGCCUCUGGAUAUUUAUCUUUCAGCAUCAUGAAGUUUGUUAACGUCUUUUUGCACAAUUCACCAAGUUUACAUCAAUCGUACGAUGUGCUGGUUCUCAUUCUGAUGAUUUUGUUGCUGAUUCAGUCCUGCCUCACACUUGCCACUGUCAUCCACUGUGUAAACUACAAGAUUAAAAUGAAGUACUAUGAUUCAACAUGGAAUAUUCCAGACAUCUCCAGGCACAACUCCAGGACAGUCGAGGCAUCCAAUAACCCAGCGAAGGAGUUUGACAAAGACAAGGCAUGGAAGGCUGUUAUGGUACAGAUGGUGCAAUAACAACUACUUCCUGGAUAUCUUUCAAUAAUAGUACCAGCCUUUGACAUGCACAUUAUUUAUCAGACUGCCGAUUUAGAACUCUGCAUAUUAUCCAACUUUAAAAGCUUGCGCAAAACAUUGUACAUAAUACUACUUUUUGUUGUGAUUGGAUAUGUUCUAGGACAUGAAACUGCAUUUUACAAAUUAAUCUAAUUUUUAAAAAAAAUCUGUUUCAUUUGAAUUAACCAUUUAUAAACCAGAUUUUACGACAACGGGCUCUAUUUUACGGUAUUCCUUGAUGGGAUUCCUUAUUAAAGGAGAAGAUAAGUGACACAGUGUAGGAUUCCUUCUCGUAACUGUGUGCGCAUCACACCCACCGACAGGAACUCCACCCCCUCAAAUGAUCUACUUUUGGAGCUGAGUUCUUGUGGAUUGAAGAGAUUUCUAACUAGAUUCUAUUAAGGAAUACCUUUAAGAAAUACUGCAAGUUAAACUCCAACAUGUUGCUUUUAUUGAUGCAAUUAACUGAUCAUUUUGACUGUGUGUUACUUUCAGAAAUUUUAACACACAAUUUACAGGUACAUAUUUGGCUUAAUUGUGUAGAAAAUAAAUAAUAAAGCUUGGCAAUAGCAAA